AUGGACUCGCCGGGUGAUGAACACCUGGUUUUCACACAAUGGGCUGCGUCCAACGGCGUCCAGAUCAACGGCAUCGCGCCAGCUCGGUUUCCCGGCCGCCGAUUAGGCAUGGUGGCUACCAGAACACUACAAGAGGAUGAAGUCAUUCUUUCCGUGCCCCUCGCAUUAAUGGUAACCAUUGACUCGAUCCCCUCGUGGUUUGUGGAUCGGUUUCCCGAGAACGCAUCCAUCCAGGCGAUCAUGUCCGCGUAUCUCACGCACGGUGACGCCGAGCUGCUGAAGCCGCUAGAUGCCUGGCGACGCACAUGGCCCAGCUUGCAGGAAUUCGAAGAUACCAUGCCGGUGCUUUGGCCCGAGCACCUCCGACGACUGAACAGCUCAGGCUCAGGGACAGCAAGCAGUUCCUCAUCCGAGCCUAGUAUUCUGCCCCCGUCAAUCUCGGGGUCAUGGAACUCGUUCUCGAAAACCCCAGUCAAUGUGGACUAUGAGACGAGGUAUCAGCAGUUGCUGGCGCAGCAGGAGAAACGGCUCAAAGACUCGUGGGAGCACGUUACCGCUGUGUUUCCGGAUACGAAGUGGGAGUCUUUCGCGUGGAACUGGUUUAUUAUCAACUCGCGCAGCUUCUAUUAUACGUCGCCCGGGAAGGGCGAGCCGGAGGAUUGGAACGAUGCGAUAGCGUUGGUUCCGUUUGCGGAUUAUUUCAACCAUGAGGACGAUGCGGCUUGCGGUGUCAAUUUCGAUGGCUCGAGGUAUACGUUCACGGCGACGAAAAAAUACAAAAAAGGAGAAGAGAUCUUCAUGAGCUACGGGGCACACUCGAACGACUUCUUACUAGUUGAAUAUGGCUUUUAUCUCGACCGAAACGAGUCAGACUCGAUAUACCUAGACGACAUUAUAUUCCCUGAGCUGUCGCUGCCACAGAAAAAGGAGCUUGCGCUCCGCGAAUAUUUCGGCAAUUACGAGGUUUUGGAAGAGGGCCCCAGCACCUCUACCCAACUCGCCGCAUGUUUGAAGUACAUGUCUCUCCGGGACUGGCGGAAAUACGUUCUCGGACAAUCCGAUCGAAGCGUGAAUCGGCAAACGACUGCGGCGGUGAUCCGUGAAUGGGUCGAUACGUACCGGAAGGAAAGUAUAGCAACAAUCGAGAUUAUUGAGAACAUGAAGAGGAAGGCAGUUGCUGCUGAUUCGAAAGCUGCGGAAUCGAAGAAAGAAACUGAACGGCUAGAUAUGAUACUGGGGCGUUGGAGGCAGAUACAACGCUUGUGCGAGAAGGUAAUAGAGAGGUUGAGGUGA